AUGGAACAAUCUAGUGAAAAUUCAAGAGCGAGUUGGAAAAAUAUGGACGUAGUAAAAACAUUUUUAGAAAGUUGUAUUCAAGAGAUAUCCUUAAACGGGAGACUUGGAAGUAGUUUGAAGGCAGAUUCAUGGAACAAGGUUAGACUAGUUUUGGAGACUACUCAUGGCUUUAGCGUCACAAAAAAGCAGAUGAAGAAUCAUUAUGACUAUCUAAAAGAAAAGUAUCAAGCUUGGUUGCCAAUAACUAAAAAGACUGGCAAUAUUUAUGACCCAGUAACCAAUACCAUUCUAAUGUCUAAUAGUGAGUGGGAUGAAUACAUAAAGGCUCAUCCAAAAGCAAAGGCAUUGAAGACUUCACCUCUACCCUUCCCUGAUCUUUGUACUAAACUUUUUGAGGGUUCAACAGCAACAGGAAUUCAUGGUUGGAGUCCAAGCUGUACAUAUCCUCAUCCUGUUGUCUCUUCUGUAUCUACUACAAUAGAUAUAGAUACAAUUGAUAGCAUCGAAGAUCUAGUUGGUAACAAAAAUGAUGGAGCUCCUACUAAUUAUCCAUCCCAGUCUUCAGUUCCAAGUGAAAGGAAACCUUUGCGAAAGAAAAAGAAAUCUUCAUCAUCUCAAUUGGAAAUUGAUGAGAAGAUGAGUACUGCAUUAGAUAUAUUGAUUAAAAAUAAUAACGGACCUGACAUUGAGGAAUGUAUGGAAAAAUUAGAAGCAUUUGGAUGGGAAGAACUAUUAUAUAGUGCAACUAUUAGUAUACUUUGUGAAGGUGACAGCUACAGGAAAGCUUGA